AUGCCAGGUGGCAAAGGCGGUGGUAAGGGGGGCGGCGGCGGCGGCGGAAAGGGUGGAUGCGGUGGUGCUAAAAGUGGCGGUGGCGGCGGCUCUGCCAAGGGGAGCGGUAGUGGUGGCGGCGGUUCUGCCAAGGGGAGCGGUAGUGGCGGCGGCGGAGGGUCGAUGAAGGCGCCAGGUGGCGGCGGCGCGUACAUUUCAAGGGGAGGCUUUGAGAGUAACCCACAGGGUUACUUCUCUGGUCUCCACUCUGGAGAAAAGGGGAAAUGAUCAUGCUUUA